AUGUUCAAUUUGCCUUGGGUCAGAAUCCUAUUCCUGGGACUGAGCUGCCGCAGCUGUUCGGCACCUAACUGCCCGAAGAUGGAGCACUGGACCUGGAGUUGCGGAUGGCGAUAUGACAAAGAACUAAGGGUGUCAAUAGAAGAAAGGAAAGUUAAAAGUAUUAUGUUUAUUCCGGAGGAACUCACCAGAACUAGCAGAAAAAGACUCCUCAUCUGGCAUAUCUCCAGGAUUGGGUUUGCCUCCAUCAUCUGGUUCCCUGGCCCAGCUAUCCUACAUCCAGUCCAAUACAAACCUCCAGUCAGAACAGAAGUCAAGAUGGCUCAACUAACGAAAAAGAGUUUUCUGAAACACAGCAGCAUGAAGUUGCCAUAUAUAGGCCUAGGCACCAAUGAGAUUACAACUGAAGAGAUGGAGACAGCUUUAAACACUGCCUUAGACGCUGGUUAUAGACACUUCGAUACAGCGUAUCGAUAUAACAAUGAAGCCGAUAUUGGUCGAUCACUCAAAAAGAUUUUCGAAAGAGAUGUUGAGUACUUCUUGAAGAAGUCUCUUGAAGCGUUACAACUGGACUACGUGGACCUGUACCUUGUCCAUUCUCCAAUGGGUUAUAAAAGACCCGACGAUAUCGCCCAGGAGGUUCCGAACUUCACUGAAUUGGAGUUAGAUAUGGAAACCGAUCUUGGAAUGGAAGCUCAAGUAGACGCUGGUAGGGCUAAAUACAUCGGAAUUUCUAAAUUUAACUCUAAGCAGAUUCAAAGAAUUCUAGACAGCUGUAGGAUACGACCAGUGAACCAUCAGAUGGAAAUGCAAAUUUAUCUUCAGGAGAAAGAACUCGUAUCUUUCUGUCAGGAUAAUGACAUCACCGUAACUGCCUUCUCUCCUUUUGGUUCUCCUGGAAUAAGGUCUUUUGAGAAAACUCUCAGUAGCCAAGGUCAUUACAUGAUUAUAUACACUGGCUCAGUUCGACCAGUCCAACACAAACCUCUAUUCGGGACAGAAGUCAAGAUGGCUCCGCUAACGAAAAAGUGUUUUCUGAAACAUAGCAGCAUGAAGCUACCAUACAUAGGUCUGGGCACCAUGCAGAUUAAAACUGAAGAGAUGGACAAAGCUUUAAACACUGCCUUAGACGCUGGUUAUAGACACUUCGAUACAGCGUAUCGAUAUAACAAUGAAGCCGAUAUUGGUCGAUCCCUCAAAAAGAUUUUCGAAACGUUACAACUGGACUACGUGGACCUGUACCUUGUCCAUUCUCCAAUGGGUUUUAAAAGACCUGACGAUAUCGCCCAGGAGGUUCCGAACUUCACUGAAUUGGAGUUGGAUAUGGAAACCGAUCUUGUAGACUUGUGGAAAGGAAUGGAAGCUCAAGUAGACGCUGGUAGGGCUAAAUACAUCGGUAUUUCUAAAUUUAACUCUAAGCAGAUUCAAAGGAUUCUAGACAACUGUAGGAUACGGCCAGUGAACCUUCAGAUGGAAAUGCAAAUUUAUCUGCAGGAGAAAGAACUCGUAUCUUUCUGUCAGGAUAAUGAUAUCACCGUAACUGCCUUCUCUCCUUUUGGUUCUCCUGGAAUAAGGCCUUUGGUGAAAACUCUCAGGUAA